GGAUGGGAGCAGAGCAGGUUAUCUCUGGUAAAUCCCAUCAGCACUUCUCCAGUCCAUUCUCCAAAUACACAGAAAACUUCCUCUUCACCCUCAACAUACAACAUGCCUGUCCAAAAGUCCGACGUCCUCACCAUCCCUGGGGAGGAGGAGUGGAGAGUCACCCCCAUCGCCUGGAAGCAGAACAUGAGGGAGAACAAGAAAGACUACCGUUGCAUUGAGUUUACCAACACUCGUGCCGACGAGAUUGAAGAGACGAACUUUUUGUUCGUCUCAGAGGAGUUGCUAGACAACUUCAAGUCGUCAAAGAUUGAGAGGACUGGCACAGGCUUCAAGCUCACGGUCGACAAUGAUUACCUGUAUGGCCAGCGGAAGGGGAACAAACAUCGUUUCCUUGUGUACCACGACAAGUCGCGCUCCAUUUUCCAGCACCGCUUUGUUGAGGGUGUCUUAACAGCCAUUUCCAGACAGGCUACCGAAAUCACCGCGAAGCUGGGUUAUGGUGAUGCGAGGGUUAUAUCGCAGACGAUCGCCGGUGUUAUAGGAGACAAGCUUCACGAUUUUGACCGGUACUGA